GCCAGUCCUGGCCGUUCUCGCGUCUCUGCUGGCCCGCUGAGGGCCGCUUGGCCGGUGCCUUGCCCCAGCGCCUCAGUGCGCUCGGCCAACGGCCUCUGAGACCGCUCACCCGAGCGCCCCGGGAGCCGGCGGGCGGCGGCCCUCUCUGGGACUCUCCAGCGGGCCCAGGGGAACAAAAGUGGCUCUAACUCCAGCACGUGCACAGUGAAGCAAGUUGAAGGAUUUAAUAUGAAGCACAGAAGCAGAUAGUGCCAAACAGCAAGCAGUAGUUGGUACACAUUUCUGGAAAAGCAGUGUCCGUGUUGUUAUGUACACCUCCAAAAAAAAGUUCAGAUCUGUAGGGGAAUUGUUGUGUAAAGUAAACUGAACUACAGGGUAGCAGUAUUUUAAUAGCUAUUGUAGACGUGUAUUUACUGUAUUAAAAUGAGUAAAAGAUCAAGCAGUGACACACCACUAGGAAGGGUAAGUGGGGCAGCAUUUCCUUCACCCACUGCUGCUGAGAUGGCAGAAAUUAGUCGAAUUCAGUAUGAAAUGGAAUAUACCGAAGGUAUUAGUCAGCGAAUGAGGGUCCCUGAAAAACUAAAAGUAGCACCACCAAAUGCUGACCUGGAGCAAGGAUUUCAAGAAGGAGUUCCAAAUGCUAGUGUGAUAAUGCAAGUUCCAGAGAGGAUUGUUGUAGCAGGAAAUAAUGAAGACAUUUCAUUUUCAAGACCAGCAGAUCUUGACCUUAUUCAGUCAACUCCCUUUAAGCCUCUGGCACUAACAACACCACCUCGUGUACUUACACUAAGUGAAAGACCACUAGAUUUUCUGGAUUUAGAAAGAUCUCCAACACCUCAAAAUGAAGAAAUCCGUGCAGUUGGCAGGCUAAAAAGAGAGCGCUCUAUGAGUGAAAAUGCUGUUCGCCAAAAUGGACAGCUGGUCAGAAACGAUUCCAUGUGGCACAGAUCAGAUUCUGCCCCGAGAAAUAAAAUUUCAAGGUUCCAGGCAUCGAUUUCUGCACCGGAAUACACUGUGACACCAUCGCCACAACAGGCUCGGGUCUGUCCUUCCCAUAUGUUACCUGAAGAUGGAGCUAAUCUUUCCUCUGCUCGUGGCAUUUUGUCGCUUAUCCAGUCUUCUACUCGUAGGGCUUACCAGCAGAUCUUGGAUGUGCUGGAUGAAAAUCGCAGACCUGUGUUGCGCGGUGGGUCUGCUGCCGCCACUUCUAAUCCUCAUCAUGACAACGUCAGGUAUGGCAUUUCAAAUAUAGAAACAACAAUUGAAGGCUCAUCAGAUGACAUGACUGUUGUAGAUGCAGCUUCAUUAAGACGCCAGAUAAUCAAACUAAAUAGACGUCUACAACUUCUAGAAGAGGAGAACAAAGAGCGUGCUAAAAGAGAAAUGGUCAUGUAUUCAAUUACUGUAGCAUUCUGGCUGCUUAAUAGCUGGCUCUGGUUUCGCCGCUAGAGGUAACUUCAGCACUCAAAUAUAUUGUUUCAACAGCUGGAAAUAUAAAAGAUUUGCAAACUUC